AUGGACUUUACUUUUCAAAACUACAGUUGGGGCCAUCCAGUUCUACGUCAUCUUGUAAAGUUACAAGAGUCGGCAAAGAACCGAGGAGUUCCGGAGGACAUCCAGUCACAGAUCCAGAACUGUAUUGAUUGUGUCAUUGCAGGUGAGGACUACUGUAACUCCGUAUCCAGUCCCCCAAGUGCAGCCAUUGACAACCUCAUCAAGGAAACAGAGAACCAUCCCUGGAAACAGGCGUAUGAAGGGGGAGAGCUCGAUUGGGAGGUGUCACCCGUAAUGCUGUCUGGUGCUUUGGAGGGAUCAUUCUUGAAAACUCUCACGAGUAUAGCCAAUGCCAAACGAGUCCUGGAGGUUGGUCUAUUUACUGGAUGUGCCGCACUCGCCAUAGCUGAGGCGCUUCCAGCUGAUGGGAAAGUGAUCUCGUGUGAGAUAGGGAAGUAUGUUGGAGACGUUGCUAGGAAAUUGGUUGACCAAUCACCGCACGGAAAGAAAAUCGACAUCAUGAUAGGUCCAGCGUCAGAAAGUCUACAACAACUGGCGACAGAAGGACAGAAAUUCGACAUGGUUUUUAUUGACGCCAACAAGGAAGGAUAUAUCGAGUACUAUAAUAUAAUCAUGGACAAUGACUUGUUGGACUUCCGAGGUACAAUCCUGAUAGACAACACCUUCCACGGGGGGCAGUCCUAUCUAUCACAGGACAAACUUGAACUUGAAGAAGAUCGGAUUGAAAUUAACGUAAUGCGAGGUUUCAACGACCAUGUUUAUAAUGAUGACAGAGUUUCCCAGGUUUUGGUGCCAAUCCGUGACGGUGUGACGAUCAUAAGAAGGAAAGCAGAGUUUGAGGGAGAGGUCUGAACAUGUCUUCAAACGGAUGCAGAUAUAAACUAUUGAAUGCAGUUUUGACAUACAUUAUAUAGAUAUUACGCAGAUAGAUAUCAAAGCAGAACGCUCUAUAAACAAAUGACAUCAGACAGGAAAACAUUUGAACUUGUAGACUACUCAGAACUGACGAACUUUCUAUCGAUAUACUGAAAGAAUGUGAAU